GACUACUCUGCAUAUACUUGCUAAUUUGAGAACUUAAGUAAUGCUUUGGAAGGACACCACAAGUGAUCAAAGUAGCAAAAGUGAUAAAUCUGCCAAUCAAAAAGUUUUUACCCUUCAAAAAUCGACCAUGUCCAACCACCAGAAGCUUCCAUCUACCAAAGGAUUACUGACGGUGUUUGAAAAUGCUAAUGCAAGUGUGAUGGCCACGGCCCUGGUUUCAACGCCGAUAGAAACCAAACAAGAUUGUGUAUUUAGUGGAGGAUCGUCGAUUGAGGGAUCCAUUAGCAACAUGGCGUCGAUAUACGAAUCCGACGAAGAUAUCUCCGAUUUUUCGUCAAACGAUAGCGAUGGAAUGGAGGACAAUUCGCGAUAUUCGUCGGUCGAUGAGAAGAACGACCAUUCAUCCAGAAUCACAACAAACGAAGAGUCAUCAUCAUGCAGCAAACAAACGAAUUCCCUGUCCACCCCACCGGAAGUUCUUCCGGUGCUGAAUCUAGCCGGCACCAAGCUGGGAAUCGGAGGCGGCCCAGUGGUUCGAAAAAUGUUCACCAACACUAGAGAACGUUGGCGCCAGCAGAACGUAUCCGGUGCAUUCGCUGAACUUCGCAAACUUGUACCGACCCACCCUCCGGACAAGAAAUUAUCCAAAAAUGAAAUACUGCGAAUGGCCAUUAGGUACAUUCGCCUGUUGACCAAUGUUCUCGAAUGGCAGAAGAAACAAGAAGCAAAUGAUAGGUCUUCGUCAGAGCAACAAGGCCAGUCGAAACCGACCAGCGGGUUCAACAAACCGGUUCAUCAAUUCAACGGCGGCAACAAUGAAAAUCACUUCACCGGAAACUAUCGAAACAACGGAAAUAACCUGUUGAUGAUGGUAUCGAAGCCGUUCAAUAAGAUACACCUUGGCCAAAAAUGUGCUACGGAAUUUUCCAACGCCAGCAAUGGAUAUCAUCGGUCCAUUAAAAUCGAAUCAUUACCAGGUUGUGGAACGACAAUCGAGAAAAUUAAGCUGGUCAAUAAACUGUGCCCGUCGGGCAAGAUUGCCAAACAUGGGUUGAAAAACAGGAGAAAAGCCAUUCCCUUGUGCGCAAUCGAAAGCGGCAUCAAGACGGACCUGGGAUUAACCGGGUACAUGGACAGAACCGGCGUGGAAAGUGAGAUAAAACGAGAGAUUAACAGUUGCAACGGUCCACCGGGAGUGGAUCAUGACGGAACCGACGGCAGACAUAAUCUCGAUAAGAAGAAAUGUAACCAAGAGCGAUGCGAUGGUGAUAAAAAGUAA